GGUUUCGAGGGUUAUUGUACAAACCAAAGAGUAACUCAAAGAGCAUCAUCACCAUUACAAUCCAAAGAAAAUGUUUGGACUUGGAGAGCUGAUGGCAAAGGUAGAAGAGGAAAGGUUGGAAGCCAUGUACCAAAGGAGAACAGAGGCAGAAGAAAGGAAUCGCGACGAUGGCGAUCACAUAAUCCCACGCCAUUUUGCAAUCAAAUCCAAAUACAACGACAAGUACCUCCGCUAUGUAAGCUACGACGACGACCAACUAUUCGACGGUCUUCUCCAGUUCACGGGCGAAAGAAUGAUAAGCCCAUACACGAAGUUCGAAGUCGAGUAUUCAGACAUUGGGAAGGGGUAUGUCCAAAUAAGAUGUUGUUACAACAACAGAUAUUUGGUUCGUCACCGUAUUGACACAUCGUAUAUCGUUGCAGCUGCCUCUGAACCCGUAAAUGACCUUUCAGAUUGGAGAUGUACGUUAUUCGAACCGACCUACGAUCGCCAUCACAAGGCGUAUCAUUUUCGCCAUGUUCAGCUUGAUGCUAACGUGUAUAUAUACGACUUCAAUCCCGACAUCUCCUACAUUCUCAAUGCGUCUCCUUCCGAAAAUUACAAUGACCCUAAAGUAUCACUCUUUCCCAUCGUCGAUUGGGACUCCAUCUAUAUACUGCCGAGACAUGUGGCCUUCAAGGGGAACAAUGGGAAGUAUCUCAAGUUUAUAGGGCCAAAGCUUCAAUUUUCAAGUUCUGAUAUUAAGGAUUCGUCAGUUGCACAUGAGAUCUUCCCUACAAAAGAUGGGAAUAUUCAUAUAAGGCAUGAUGAAUCUGGCAAGUUCUGGAUCCGUGAUCCUGAUUGGAUACACGCCCAAUCAAACGAUGCUAAUAGCAAUGAUCCCAACACCUUGUUUUGGCCCGUCAAAGUUGAAGACGACGUCGUGGCUCUUCGUAACUUGGGUAACCAUCGUUUCUGCAAGAGACUCACCAUCGAGGGAAAAUGGGAUUGUUUGAACGCUAGUGCGUUUUCCCUUACCGACGAAGCGCGAAUGGUGGUAGAAGAGAUUGUAGUCUCAAGGACCAUUGACAAUGUGGAGUAUAGGCUCAAUGAUGCUAGAAUCUAUGGCCAAAAGAUAGUGUCGAUGGCGAAAGGAGAUGCUAUCAACACGACGAAAGAAACUGACAUAGUAACCUUUAAAUUCUCUUAUGAGAACAAAACUAAGACAAACUGGACUUCCACCCUCUCAACAAAUAUUGGUGUGACCACAAAAUUUCAAGCUGGGGUUCCUAUUGUCGGAAAGGGAAAGAUUGAAGUUUCAGCUGAGAUCGGGAGUGGAUAUGAAUGGGGAGAAACCCAUAAACACAAAAAUACAAUUGAACUUAAUUACCCUGUGACUGUGCCUCCAAUUUCUAGGGUGAAGAUUAAUGCUGUGGUAAAACAAGGGAUGUGCCAAGUUCCUUUCUCAUACCGUAGAACUGAUCUUCUCAAAAAUGGCCGACGAGUUGUUCAUCAUCUUCAUGAUGGACUUUUCAGUGGUGUAAACUCCUACGACUAUGAAUUCAUGUCUAAAGUUGUGCCAAUGGAGUCUGUAGAAGGGUAAUAUUGUUACGGUAAUUUCUAGAGUGAAUUUUAUGGCUCUGUUUCUUUAAGGUAAUUUUCUCUCUUGUAAAGAAUAAUGGUUGCAAAACCAAGUUUAAAUCUCGUUUGGGAGUGUGUGGUAUGUUUUGGUGUUUAUUUCUGUGAUGUAAUUUUUGUAAUUUUAUAUUUGGAUGUGUAAUAAUGAACUAAGUUUCUUGAUGGUCAUUUGAAUAUUUCUAUUUAUGCAGUGGUCAAUUUUACA